ACAACAAAACCAAACAGCAACGCAAGACAGCACUCCACAGGUACUCCGUAGUCCGUACCAACGAGGAGAUCACAGCAGAAACCAGCUAUAGAAAGUAAUCUUAAUCGUCAUAGAAGAAAACAAAACAAGAAACACAAAACAUCCUCAAAAUGCAAAACCCAGGAACAACAACAACAUCAUCAACAACAACACAAUCACAAUGUUCUUCACUUUCAUCAUUUCUUACAACAACCUUAUUCAGAGACCCAAAACCAAUCUUAUACACUUUCCUACUCAUCUCUCUCUUCUCAAUCAUCCUAAUCCUCUCUCUCACUUCUUCUUCACUUUCUUCAACCCAUACCCGACCCGAUCCAUUUCUCUACCCGGCCCAUCAAACCCACCGCAUCAUCUACGACCAAGACAAAACCACCCCUCCACCUCCUUCAAUAGCAUACCUCAUUUCCGGUUCAAAGGGUGAUUCUUCUCGGAUCCUAAGAUUACUUUCUGCAACCUAUCAUCCACUAAAUCACUAUCUUCUUCAUCUUGACCCUUCAGCUCCUCAUUCAGAUCGUGCUAAUUUGGCUCUUGUUGUUCAAUCUAACCCCAUUUUUAAAGCUGCAAAGAAUGUUCAUGUUAUGGGAAAACCUGAUUUUGUUUAUUCAAAAGGAUCUUCUCCUGUUUCUUUUACUCUUCAUGCUGCUUCUAUUUUGAUUCGUUUGUCUCUUCAAUGGGAUUGGUUUGUUAGUCUCAGUGCUGAUUCUUAUCCUCUUGUUACUCAAGAUGAUCUUCUCCACAUCAUGUCGUUUCUGCCUAAAGAUAUGAACUUUGUAAAUCAUUCAAGCUAUAUUGGGUGGAAAGAGUCGAGGAAGUUGAAACCCAUUAUCGUUGAUCCCGGUCUGUAUCUUUCUGAAGGGACUGAAAUGUUUUAUGCUACUCAGAAAAGGGAUCUUCCUAGCGCUUACCGUUUGUUUACAGGUUCAUCUUUCUCGAUUUUAAGUCGUAAUUUUAUGGAGUUUUGCCUUUUAGGAGUAGACAACCUCCCUCGGAUUCUACUGAUGUAUUUCUCAAACACACCGUCAUCGCUGUCCAAUUAUUUCCCUACAGUUCUCUGCAAUUCUCGACAAUUCAACAAAACAGUCAUAAAUAAAGACUUGUUAUAUGCUAUUUAUGAUAGCCAUAGAAACGAUCUUCGACCACUGAAUUCGACGGAUUAUGAUGACAUGAUUCAUAGUGGAGUCGCCUUCGCUAAAAAAUUCCAGCAAGAUGAUCCUGUGCUUGAUCUCAUCGACCAAAAAAUUUUGGGCCGAAGUCCUGGAUCAGUUGUUCCUGGUGGAUGGUGUUUAGGUGAGCCCGGGAACAGCACCUGUUUAACAUGGGGUGAUGCCAGUAUCUUAAGACCUGGUACAGGCUCUCAACGGCUUGAGAAGGCGAUUGUUGAAUUGCUGUCGAAUGGAACUUUUCGAUCUCGACAGUGUAUAUAAGAAUGAUCUUUCUCCAGCCUCAUGUCACACAAUGUAACAGAAUAGAAAAAGAAACUCAAAAGGAUUGGUAAGAACUAUAGGAAUCAACUACGUUGUGUUUAGUUUAUCUAGCGAGGAAUCUAUCAAGUUAGGUAUGAGUAUUAUUUAUUUGUGUUAGCCCAAUUAAAAUUUUGUAAUUCUGAUGUUUUUAUUUUAUAAUUUAAUGUGGAUGGCCAUCCAUAUAUAGCAUGUAUGUUAAGAUUUGGUUGAUGUAUUAUUCUUUCUUAAUCAUCAUGCAAAUAUGUGUUUAUCUUAAUGUGCAAAUAUGUUGAUGUAUUAUUCUUUCUUAACAUUGAAAACAAAAGAAAACUAGUAAGUGUUUGCCUAUAGUAUGAUGUUUUCUGGUCUGAAUGAAGCUUUUACUUUUCA